AUGCGGCAGCUGCUUGAAAACCACGGCACGGCCUCAUCAGAGAAACACCCUGCAACCAAACCAAGCAUGUCACCUGCUUCCGCUGCCACCGCUCUCGCCCUUCUCGCGUGUUGCAUCACGGCAGGAGGACUUCCCGGUGCGGUGGCGGCGGGGGACAUGGACACCGUCUCGGCGCGGCGGCCGCUGCGGGGCAACGACACGGUGGUCUCGGCGCAUGGCAAGUUCGAGCUUGGCCUCUUCAGCCCCGGCGCCUCCGGCCGGUUCUACCUCGGCAUCUGGUACAAGAACGUGCCCGUGCAGACCGUCAUCUGGGUUGGCAAUCGUGUCAAUCCCCUGUCCGGUUCCGGUGUUGCCUCCACCGAGCUCCGGGUGUCCUCCUCCGACGGGAACCUCGAGCUCGUCGGGCUCAGCCCAUCCUCUGCCACGGCAGGCGUCGUGUGGUCGUCGAACCUGUCGUCUUCGUCGGUGUCGUCCUCGCCGGGGUCAAACGUUGCGGUGAUGCGCGACAAUGGCAACCUGGUCCUCCUCGACGGCGGCAACUCCUCCAACGUGCUGUGGCAGAGCUUCGACCACCCGACGGACACGCUGGUGACCGAGGCGUGGCUCGGCGAGGACAAACUCACCGGCGAGUACCAGGCGCUGACGUCGUGGCGCAACGCGGAGGACCCCGCGCCGGGGAUGUUCACGGACACGGUGGACCGCAACGGCAGCAGCGAGUUCUUCUACCUCUGGAACGGCUCCCGCGCCUACUGGCGCAGCGGCGUCUGGACGGGGCGCGUGUUCGCCAACCUGCCGGAGGCCGUCAACAACGUGCUCUUCAACCAGACGUACGUCGAGACGCCGGCGUACCGGCGCGUCACCAACGUGCUCUACGACAACGCCACCGUCACGCGCAUGGUGCUGGACCUCACCGGCCAGACGAAGCAGUUCAUCUGGGUCCCCGGCAGCCAGAGCUGGCAGUUCUUCUGGGCCGCACCCACCGUCCAGUGCGACGUCUACGCGCUCUGCGGCGCCUUCGGCGUCUGCAACCAGAGGAGCCAGACGCCGUGCCAGUGCCCGCCCGGGUUCGCUCCGGCGGCGGACCGGGACUGGGGCCUCAGCGACUGGAGCGCCGGGUGCCACCGGAGCCUGCCGCUGCAGUGCGGGGGCAACGGGUCAACGGACGGCUUCCUGGAGCUGCCGGGCAUGAAGCUCCCUGACGAUUCGCUGUCCGUGGCGGGCGCCCAGAGCAAAGCAGAGUGCGAGUUGGCUUGUCUAAACAACUGCUCGUGCCAGGCCUACACGUUCUCUGGCGGUGGCUGCGCCGUCUGGCACGACGGAUUCCGCAACCUUCAGCAACUGUUUCCAGAUGCCGGGAGCGGGGGUUCGUCGUCGUCGAGCCUGUACCUCCGGCUGUCGGAAUCUGAACUGCAGCAUCUGCGCGGCGCCAACAAUGGGAAGAAGAACAGGCGGCGGAGGCUGUGGCUCGCCCUUGGCAUCGUUUUGGCUUGCAUUGCCGCACUGGGCGUGUCGGCAGUAGCAGCGUGGAUCCUUGUGUCCAGGAGGAGACGACGGGCUGAAAUGGCGAAUCAGAAGAGCUCCUCCUCCCUUGUAGUCGCCAAGGCUGACGUGUACAGCUUCGGAAUGGUGCUCUUCGAGAUCAUCUCCGGGCGGCGCAACGCCGAGGAGCACGGCGCCUCAUCGGACGACAGGGACAGCAGCGACCGAGAGUCUACGUUCUUCCCGGUCUGGGCCGCGGUCAGAGUGGCGGAAGGGGACACGGCCGCCGUGGCGGACGCGCGGCUGCGCGGCGACGUGAGCGAGGACGAGCUGGAGCGCGCCUGCCGGGUGGCAUGCUGGUGCAUCCAGGACCAGGAGGCGCACCGGCCGCCCAUGGCGCACGUCGUGCAGGCGCUGGAGGGCCUCGUCGACGUCGACAUGCCGCCCGUGCCGCGGGCGCUGCAGCACCUCGCGACGCUGGCAUAA